UAGUUAAAGCUAUUGAAUGUCACAGUCAAGUGAUGUAAAUUAAUGAACGAUCCCUUAGUAUAGACUCUAAUGGAGUCAUCAAAACAUUAAAGUUAUAAACAAUCGAUUGAUUAGUUUGAUUGAAUCGGUGGUCAAAAUCGGUAACAAGUGAUGGCCUGUACUACUGGUCGUCCCAUUACAGAGUUUGCCUCUUACUUGAAGCGCGAGCUGACGACACACACCCGUCGGGUGCAGAAUAUUUACAAAAGGAUUUGUCGUAAUGAAGAGUCUUGGCUUCUCGAGAGACAUGAAAUCCGCUACAGACUUACUAUAAUUCGGGCGGAGUUUGAGAAACACCGACACGUGAAGGACAUGCGAUUGGCCCGAUCGCUGCUCGACGAAGGAGAGAGAUAUUUGUUCAAAAAUAUUCAUCCGUCUCCGCGUUAUUUUACGUUCAGUCCCGGAGGUGUCUGUUUCGAGCGAUACGCCGAUUACCCGGACUGGCAUUUAGACCAUUGGCAUCCAUUAGAAAAGGCAAGAUAUCCUUAUUAUUUCGCUAAACGAGAGCAAAGAAAGAAAGAGUACAUCGAAAUGUGGGAAAAGGGAAAUCCCGGCAAAGCUCUCGAAGACCUCAAAGCUGCCACUCAUUGAAUCCAACGAUAUAUUGUUAGCAAUUGUGUGAAAAUAAUUUAGUUUUAAUUCAAAAAAAAAACAAAUAUAUAAAUUAAAUGUAUAGAUAUUAUUAAAUUUG